GUUAGGUCUGAAAACAAAUAUUGACAAUCAGAAGUAGCACUGGAGUGAAGGAUGUUAUUAAACGUUUUUAAUAAAUCGAAAUGAGAUAAAAAGAAUAAGAAAACAUACUUUUUUUAACAGCAGUACGAUUAUAAUUAAGCCGGCAAAAUGAAGAAUGCAGAUUUUGAUUAUGAAGAUACUAUCUUACCUAUCACAGCAGUAGCAGUUACAGUAACAAAUAUUCUAACACCAUAUAUUGUAAGAAUAUGUGAGAUUAAAGACCGUGGAAAGAAAUUAAAUUUUAUUAAUAAUAAAUUAUUAUUAGCAAAAAGAAAAAUGUUUAAUGUGGAUAAGCAUAUAGAACCAAAAAUAGGAGAUGCAAUUGUAGCAUACGACAAUUUAGAAAAAGCUAUUAAUCUGCCUUCCUGGUUUUGUAGAGGGAUUAUUUCUAAUACCAUACAUAAUUUGGGGGAUAAAUAUAAUAUUUUCCUACCCGAUUAUGGCACUUCUGUAGAAUUACACAGAGAAGAUUUUGUCUUAUGUUCAACUGAUUUAAGUUUGGAAGGAUAUUUAAGUUAUACAGUGGGUUUAUACAAUGUUUUACCUACUGCUAUAAACAAUGAUUCAAUAAUAGAAGAAGAAACUUCAGUUCUAGUUUUAGACGAAUGGAGUACAAAAGCAGUUCAGUUUGCAAAAGAAUUAAUGGCUGCAUCUACCACAAUUUAUUUUGAUCAUGUAGCAUCUGAUCAACAUGGCAAACAAUAUGGUGAAUUUUAUCUGAAUAUAGAGGAUACCAUAAUAAGUUUAAGCGAGGCUUUAGUUGUCAAUAAUUAUGCCAUUUAUUUACAAAAAGAAUUGCUGACAUUCAUAAAAAAUUCUAAAAACUGUGAAGAAUCACAUAAACAAGUGAUUAAUGGUGAAACUAUAUUUUAUGCGAAUGUUCCAAAUAAUUGUAAAAGUAAUGGUGAAUCUCAUAAACAGAAAAAAAGAUUUGUAAACAAGAGACUUGGAGUAAAAGAAAGAGAGAUGGAAAAAGUAUUAAUCUAUGGACAAGUUAAAUAUGAAUGUUUGAGCGUUAUUUCAGAUCUAAGAUUUCCAUCUGAAAUACACAAGGCUUGGAAUUCAAUGGUACAAUCGUCUGGACUAACAAGAAUUCAAUCAUAUAUUUGUCCUGCUAUAAAAAAAGGUUUAGAUGUAAUAGCAAUUGGAACAGAAAAAUCUGGUAAAACGUUUGGCUAUGGAUUUACUAUCUGUGGUCUCCUGGCUAAAAAUUCAAACCUUUCUAAAGGAGUGAGUCCAUCUGCAUUAAUAUUGUGUGCUUCCUCUGCUGCAGUAUUAGAAGUUUAUGGAAUGUGUACAACAUUUUUAGAAAUCUAUAGAAAUAUAAGAUGUGUUGCGGCAAUUAAUGGUAAAUCAAGAACUACAUUAGUGGUUGAAAUGUAUAAUGGAUGCCAGAUUUUAAUAUCUACGCCAAGAUUUUUAUCACGUUUCAUGGAUGAAAACAAAAAGUUAUUGAAUUUUGAAAAUCUUCAAUACUUAAUUUUGGAUGAUGGUGACACUAUUUUGGACAAAUACUUUGACUCCAUAAUUAAAUUGUUUAAGAAACAUAAAGUUAUUUGUAAUAGAGAAUUAAAAAGUAAGAAUAUAUUACAAAUUAUAGUAACUGCUAAGAAUUGGACGCCACGCCUAAAACAAAUUGCUCGUAUUUUAAUGGACAAUCCAUUCAUAUGUAUAGCAUCUUUUAUAGAAGCUGCUAUUUAUAAAUCUAUACUUCCAAAGAUGUACGUAAUGAAUUCGAAAAUUAAAAAUAAAAAGAUUUUAGACUUAUUAGGCGAUAAGUGUACGAAAGUAAGAACUAUAAUAGUUUGUGUAAAUAGCAACGAGGCUAAAGAAUUGCACAAAUUUUUAAGACAAUAUAAAGACACUCUUUUAGCUCAUGAAGACAUGAAUAUGUUGCACAUACAAGGUAUCAAACAAUGUUGGGAUGCUUGUGUAACUGGUUCCUAUUCAACUUUAAUAUGCACAGACGAAGUAUUAGCAGACAUGAAUAUUACAAAUGUAAUGUGGUUAAUACAUUAUUCGGUCUUUCUGCGCUUUAAGACUCAAUUCAAUUUUCGGCAUUCGACGCUCUACGAAAGUUUAAAAUUGGAAAAACCUAACUGCGAAGUAACUGUUAUGGCAGAUGAAAACAGUGACAAACAAUUUUUAAGUAUAAUAAAGUUAAUGCAAAGAAUGAAUGUUUUAAUACCACCAAAUAUGUUAACAAAUAUUGAGCAUAUAACAGCAACUUUGGACAAAAGGAAAGAAAAUUAUCCUAUUUGUACUAAUAUAAAGUCGCGUGGUUUCUGUCAUGAGAAGCAUUCUUGUGGAUUGAGACAUACAAUCAUUUUAAAAAAUGACGCACCAAUUAUCGAUAUUGGAAUAAAUGACAAAGUGAAAUUUAGAGUACUGAAUAUACACGAUGUUACACACUUCUCUGCAAGAAUUAUAUCGUACAUUAAAUCUGAUACAUUGGAAGAAAUAGAAAUCUCUAAUGUAGAAUAUAUGCAAAUUGCUAUAAAAAUUCAAGAGAUUUAUUCGCAUGUAGAGAACAGGAGAAAAUGCGAAGUAAUAGAUGUAGGGUGUAUAUGUGGUUUAGAAGAACCAAUAGAUAGUUUCAAGAGAGUACAAGUUGUGAAUAUUCAGAGAGAAAACGACACAGAUAAGCCAAAGUUUGUAGAUGUGAGGUGCAUGGAUAAUGGAGUAAUUUUGACAAGAUUGAAUGCAUAUAGAUUAUUACACUUGCCAGAAGAAUUUGUAAAAUAUCCAACACAAAUAAUGGAAGUAUUUGUAGUUGGCAUAGUUCCUCAUGAUGACGAGUAUAAUUGGAAUCGUUGUGCAUUUGACGCUGUGUAUGAGUGGUUCCAAAACAAUGUCGAUGAAAGGUCUUAUGUAAUUGGAACGGUUAAUCUACAUCUGAAAAACACAAUAUGGGUGAACACAUUGGAAGUUGGAACAAAAUUGAUUGGAUAUAAAGAUAUCAUCGGUUCCUCCCUAAAGACAGAGUUGCUGAAACAGGAUCAUGCUAUUGAAAACGUUAAACAUUUAAGUCAGAUGUAUCAACUCUGUAAAGAAGCUGGUUGCAAAGAAAUUAAUGGCUGCAAUUUAAAUCUGCUAGUAAAUAAAAACAUGUAAAGGGCGAAUUUUAUACAU